UAAUGCCGAGUUGAGUUUGGAUGGUAAUAUAUAUUUCUUGGAGGAAGGGUUGCGAGAAGAGAGGUCGUUGGAGAAGAAUGGAUCCUGGAAACGAAGUCGAGGGCUCUAAUGGAGAGAUCAAUUACAUUCUCGCGACGAAUGUAAUGCAGCAGAUACAUUAUGUAUCGAGAGAAAGACGAGGAGAGGCCUAUGGGAAGUUUAGGGGAUUUCGUGGCUGCACUAUUUGGCUGACUGGACUCUCGGGUGCUGGGAAAACCUCUAUCUCGUUUCAACUUGAAAAUUACCUUAUUUCUCAGGGAAUACCAGCCUACAGCUUGGACGGUGACAACGUCCGACGAGGUCUAAACAGGAACCUCGGUUUUGCCAAGGAAGACCGCGAGGAAAACGUUCGUAGAGCAGCCGAGGUAGCAAAACUCUUCUCUGAUUGCGGUAUAAUCACCAUCUGCAGCUUCGUUUCGCCGUUCGACGCAGACAGGAAGCUAGCUAGGAAGAUCCACGAGGAUUUUAACUUACGAUUCUUCGAGAUCUUCGUGAAGGCCUCGAUGGAGACCUGCGAAGCUAGGGACGCGAAAGGGCUCUACGAGAAGGCUAGGAAAGGGAUGAUCAAAAGCUUCACGGGAAUCGGGCAGGAGUACGAGGCACCAAAGCACGCAGACCUAGUCGUGGACACCGAACUUCAUGAUCUAGGGACUUCGACGAAGAUGGUGAUCGAGCUCUUAAGAAAGGAGGGAAUUCUUCCGAAGAUUCGACAGGAGGUCGACGAGCUAUUUGUGGAGAAAGAGAGGAUAGAAGAGGCGAGGAGAGAGGCGGAGAAUCUUUCUAGUAUCGAAAUCACUGAUGUCGACUUGCAAUGGAUUCAAGUGCUCGCUGAAGGGUGGGCAACUCCACUUAGGGGUUUCAUGAGAGAAGACCAAUACUUGCAAUGUCAACAUUUCAAGUUUAUCGAACAAGAUGGAGACGUAAUUAAUCAGUCGAUACCUAUUGUACUUCCGGUUAGCACAGCUCAGAAAGAGAGAUACGUUAAUGCACCAGCUCUGACUCUGAAAUAUCAAGAUAGACCUGUUGCAAUUUUAAGGAGACCCGAAUUCUUUGCACACCGAAAGGAAGAAAGGUGUUGCAGAGAAUUCGGAACAAGCAAUCCUGGACACCCAUACAUAAAAUUAAUUAACGAAUCCGGUGACUGGCUCGUUGGUGGAGAACUGGAGGUCCUGGAAAGGAUUAGGUGGAACGAUGGCCUCGACAAGUACAGGCUCACCCCUAACGAAAUUCGAAAGAAGUGUAGAGAAAUGGGUGCAGAUUCUGUUUUUGCUUUUCAAUUAAGAAAUCCGAUUCACAAUGGCCAUGCACUAUUAAUGCAGGAUACAAGAAAAUACCUCGUUGAGAAACGUGGUUUUAAAAAACCAGUUCUAUUACUGCAUCCUUUGGGAGGAUGGACUAAAGAAGAUGACGUACCUUUACCAGUAAGAAUAAACCAACACCAAAGUGUACUCGAAGAGGGUGUCUUACACGAAGACACCAUACUUGCCAUUUUUCCAAGCCCAAUGCUUUAUGCUGGACCCACAGAGGUGCAGUGGCAUGCCAAAGCAAGAAUGAUGGCAGGGGCAAACUUUUACAUAGUUGGUCGUGAUCCUGCAGGUUUACCUCACCCUGACAAAUCUAAAACCCCAGAUGGUAAUCUAUACGAUGGGACACAUGGCUCAAGAGUCCUGUCGAUGGCACCAGGCCUUCAAAAUCUCGAAAUAAUUCCAUUUAGGGUAGCAGCUUACGAUAAUAGAACAAGAAAAAUGACAUUCUUCGAACCAGAACGAUCGCAGGAUUUCAAUUUUAUAUCUGGGACUAAAAUGAGAAAUUUAGCAAAAUCUGGUGAAAAUCCGCCUGAAGGAUUUAUGGCGCCAAAGGCGUGGCAAAUCAUCGUAGAUUACUAUAAAAAGCAAUUAAGCAAUGAAUUCUAA